AUGACCACAGCGAUUUCUUCUAUAGCAGCCACUUCCUCUCCAACCCACACUGAGAGUGCCACCACAGUGCCUACAUCUACAGAUCUCAGUUCCUCUCCCACUCCUACUGACAUUGCCACAACAGUGUCUUCUUCUACAGAGCCCACUUCCUCUCCAACAUCCACUGAGAAAGCCAGUUCGUCUCCACCUUCCACUGACAGCACUACCACAGUGAUUUCUUCUAUAGCAGCCACUUCCUCUCCAACC